ACGAUGGAAGCUAUCUCUCAAACCUGCACAAAGAUCAUCCCAUAUCCGAGAACUCAUAAAACGCUAGCUUCGGCUUCGGCUUCGGCAAUCUCACAGACCAAGCUGAGCCUUAAAGCCAAGAAGGAGAUGCGGUUUUCUACAGCUAGAUGUGUGGCUUCAGGGUCCGGUUAUGCGGCGGCAAUGGAGCCAAUUACGCCGGAGGAAGAGGAGGAGCUGACUCAAAUAAGAGGGAUAUGUGGCGGAGAAGCAAACAGAGGAGUAUGGGAGCUUUUGGAAUGCCUCGAGAAAGAAGCUAUCAUGGGGGAAGAUGAUGGGAGAGACCCUACAGAUUACAACAGAAGAGCAAAGAUUUUCGACAAGAGUUCUAAAAUCUUCAAGAACUCUAAAGAACAGAGAGAUCAGUCUCCUCUGGAGUACCUUGAGAAGGAAGCUAUCAUGGGGGCUGAUGAUGGGAGGGACCCUAAAGAUUAUAACAGAAGAGCAAAGAUUUUUGACAAGAGUUCAAAGAUCUUUAAGAACAUCAAAGAACAGAGAGAUCAGUCUCCAGAAUAAAUAAACAUAAAAAACUGUAUUUAGUUUGUAAUGAUCUCAUUUAGUGUCUAAUUCCUUGUACGGUUGUACCUCUACUCUUCUUCUUUUUUACAAGGAUCC